UCCGUAAGCAAGCUGGAAACACACUCUAUAAAAAGGCCUUCUUCUUCCACCUCUGAAUAUACAACUAGCUAGUACUUGAUCAAUCUUUAGUUGUGAUUGUUGAUCUGGACGUCGAGAAUGGCCGACGACAGAAGGAUGUUUUGUCCGGCUAUUGGGAUAGACCUGGGGACGACGUACUCCUGCGUUGCUGUGUUGCAACAUGAUAGAGUAGAGACAAUAGUUAAUGAUCAGGGGAAUAGAACGACGCCAUCGUGUGUCGCAUUCACUGAUAUGCAGCACUUCAUCGGUGAUGCCGCCAAGAACCAGAUCGCCAUGAACCCCACCAACUCCGUCUUUGAUUCAAAACGGUUGAUCGGUAGGAGAUUCAGUGAUCCCUUGGUUCAGAGCGAUAUAAAAUCGUGGCCAUUCAAGGUCAUUGAAGGUUCUGAUGACAAGCCUAUGAUCAGUGUCACUUAUAAGAAUGAAAUCAAGAUGUUUUCUGCCGUGGAAAUCUCGUCAAUGGUGCUACAAAAGAUGCGUGUCAUUGCAGAGACUUACCUGGAAACGACUGUGAAAAAUGCAGUUGUUACCGUCCCCGCUUACUUCAAUGAAGCGCAGCGUAAGGCUACAAUGGAUGCUGGCCGCAUUGCAGGCCUAAAUGUCAUGCGCGUACUCAAUGAACCAACAGCCGCCGCCAUUGCUUAUGGCCUUGACAGGGCGGUACUGGGUAGUAUUUGUAAAAGAAAUGUGUUGGUCUUUGAUUUGGGCGGCGGUACAGCAGAUGUCUCAGUUCUUACCAUUGAGGGAAAGAAAUUUGAAGUGAAAGCUGUUGCCGGAGAUACUCACCUUGGAGGUGAGGACUUUGACAACAGAAUGGUUAACCAUUGUGUAGAAGUAUUUAAAAGGAAGCACAAAAAAGACAUAAGUGGAAACGCCAAAGCUAUGAGAAGGUUGAGAACUGAAUGCGAGAGAGCUAAGAGAGUUCUUUCUUCUGCACUUGAUACUAAUAUUUCCGUGGAUGCACUGUAUGAGGGUAUUGAUUUUAUCUCAAAUAUCACUCGUUCCAAAUUUUCAGAACUCAAUAUGGAUUUCUUCAAGAAGUCUGUUAAACUUGUGGAAAAAUGUUUGGUUGAUGCUAAGAUGGAGAAGAGAAAUGUUCAUGAUGUUGUUCUUACGGGUGGUUCUUCCAGAAUACCGAAGGUCCAGCAGCUGUUGCAGGAAUUCUUUGACGGCGUGGAGCUCAAAAGGAGCCUGAACUCCGAUGAAUCAGUGGCUUAUGGAGCCGCUGUCCAAGCUGCAAUCAUGGCUGGUACGAGGAAUGAGAGAGUUCAAGACAUUGUGCUUGUAGAUGUCAUUCCUCUAUCCCUUGGGGUGGAGACCAACGAUGGUACAAUGUCUGUUGUGAUUCCAAGAAAUACCACCAGUCCCACCAAUAUGGAACGAAACUACACAACGGUCGACGACAACCUAACUAGUAUUUUGUUCUGUGUUUACCAGGGAGAAAGAACAAGAGCUGCGGAUAAUUAUUUGUUGGGAAAAUUUACGCUUUCUGGCAUUCCUGCUGCACCCAGGGGUGAUGUUACGAUCGUUGUCUCCUUUAAUAUUGACAUCAAUGGCAUCUUGAAGGUUUCUGCUCGGGAGAAAACUUCUGGCGUGAGCGACAGGAUCACUAUCACCAACGACAUGAGGGCGAGAGUGACCGAGGAAGAGAUUAAUAGGAUGAUCAAGGAUGCAGAGAUUUUCAAGGCUGAAGAUGAUAAAUACAAAGAGAAAGCCAAGGCUAAGGUAAUUUUAGAGGGCUAUGCCUAUGAGAUGAAAAAUGCUGUGGAGGAUGAAAAUAUUAGUUGCAUGCUUGAGCCUGCAUUUAAGAAGAAGAUUGAAGAUGCCAUUAUCCAUUUGACUCGGUGGUUAGACUACGUUCAGCUUUCGGAGGCAGACGAAAACUUGAUCAAGAAAAAUCUGAAAGAGAUUAAACAAUACUACGAUCCCUUCAUUGCAAAGAUCAAACAAAACUUUGAUAUCGACGCCAAUGGCAUCUUGGAGGUUUCUUCUCGUGAGAAAACCUCCGGCGUGAGCGACAGGAUCACUAUCACCAAGGACAUGAGGGCGAGAGUGACCGAGGAAGAGAUCGAUAGGGUGAUCAAGGAUGCAGAGAUUUUCAAGGCUGAAGAUGAUAAAUACAAAGAGAAAGCCAAGGCUGUGGGAAUUUUGGAGGGCUAUGCCUCCGAGAUGAAAAAUGCUGUGGAGGAUGAAAAGAUUCGUUCCAAGCUUGAGCCUGCAUUUGAGAAGCAGAUUGAAGAUGCCAUUAUCCAUUUGACUCGGUGGUUAGACUACGUUCAGCUUUCGGAGGCAGACGAAAACUUGAUCAAGCAAAAUCUGAAAGAGAUUAAACAAUACUACGAUCCCUUCAUUGCAAAGAUCAAACAACAUAAACAAUCGAGCAGCUCCAGUUGAUCAAGUUAGAGAUGACUGCUAUAUAUGUAGUCGAUCUGCCGAAUGGAACUCGUACUAAAGUUGCAACGAUAUAAUUAAUAUGUUACCACUUUGUGUGUCGGACCUUUUAAUUGUACUAGUUUUAAUAUUGUUAGUGUGUUUAAAUUUGCAGUAGUACUGUUCGAUCGUUAUAUGUUACAACAUUUGACAUUUAUGGUGUGAAAUUUCUGGUUGUUGUUAUAUAUAUGUUGGUGUUGAUAUGA